GGAGGAGGCCCGAGGUCUGAGCCACCCGUGAGGUCUCGGCGCGGAGGCCUGGACAGCUGGGGGUGGCGGCGUUGGUCUCCCGAACUGGAGAGAGGCCGGGCCUUCCCGGGCUGUGGUGGGCGCCCGCGCCCCGUGGAAGGCGGAGGCGUGAGUCGGGGCGUCAGAGACGUUGCCAUUCUUUGUCAGCGGAAAAGAUCGUCGUGUGCGCACAGUCACCUGAGGUUUAGGAACUCGUGGAAUUGGAAACCGAGUCGCAGGAGACUAAGAGUUGCGAGUCUCCCCUUAGAGAAUUCAGAAACAAGCGUAGACAGCAUCGUCAGAAACACGAGCGUGACGACGCCGGCCUCCCCGUGCCGAGUCCACGCGUGUGACGCGGGUGCAUACACCUGCGUCCGUGCAAGAGGGUGACAGCAACACACUCAAGGCGCUUCUCCUGGGAAUGGAGCAGGAGAAGAGAUGGGGAGCACCGCAUAGAUGGAAAUAGACCUUUUUCUUGGGUUGGGUGAUGUGUUCCCGCGUCUACUACAUGUGUUCUAGAACAGAUCAGACAUUUUGUAAUGAUGCCUGAAAUAAACACUAACCACCUCGACAAGCAACAGGUUCAACUCCUGGCAGAGAUGUGUAUCCUUAUUGAUGAAAAUGACAAUAAAAUUGGAGCUGAGACCAAGAAGAAUUGUCACCUGAACGAGAACAUUGAGAAAGGAUUAUUGCAUCGAGCUUUUAGUGUCUUCUUAUUCAACACCGAAAAUAAGCUUCUGCUACAGCAAAGAUCAGAUGCUAAGAUUACCUUUCCAGGUUGUUUUACUAACACGUGUUGUAGUCAUCCAUUAAGUAAUCCAGCCGAGCUUGAGGAAAGUGACGCCCUUGGAGUGAGGCGAGCAGCACAGAGACGGCUGAAAGCUGAGCUAGGAAUUCCCUUGGAAGAGGUUCCUCCAGAAGAAAUUAAUUAUUUAACACGAAUUCACUACAAAGCUCAGUCUGAUGGUAUCUGGGGUGAACAUGAAAUUGAUUACAUUUUGUUGGUGAGGAAGAAUGUAACUUUGAAUCCAGAUCCCAAUGAGAUUAAAAGCUAUUGUUAUGUGUCAAAGGAAGAACUAAAAGAACUUCUGAAAAAAGCAGCCAGUGGUGAAAUUAAGAUAACGCCAUGGUUUAAAAUUAUUGCAGCGACUUUUCUCUUUAAAUGGUGGGAUAACUUAAAUCAUUUGAAUCAGUUUGUUGACCAUGAGAAAAUAUACAGAAUGUGAAUAUGUAGGUAAAUUACAGAAAAAUUUCUCUGCUUAACAAACUUAGAAUGACUUUUUCCUUUUAAAUUUAGUUCUAUCAUUAAUUUAUCAUUAAAUUUAGUUCUGUCAUUUAGUACUAUCAUUAAUGUAUUAUAUACACUGAUACUUUAAAACUUGUGUGGAAAAAACUAACUUAUAAUUUUGUAUCACACACCCUGGAUAUGUGUUGUUUCUAAGCGACAUUUGUGAGAGAUUAUUGUAAAAUGAGAGAGAGCAAAUAAAACUUAAUUUAAUCUUUGCAGAUACAUGCUUAUGGGAAAUUUGAACAAAUGAGUGAAACUGUGUUUUUAGUAAGCUGUGAUAAACAUUUCCGGAGCACUUGCAGAGGACUUGCUAUUUGCCAGGUGCUUUAUGUAUCAUUAAAUCUUUAUCAUAGUUCAGAAAAAUGUGCAAAGGAAACUAUUGUCUCACUCCUUCAAAACAGUCUUAAUUAACUUUCAUAUUAGCAGAUUAAACUAGCAGAGCAGGUUCAAGGGAAAUUAAAUGAUAUGGACCCUAAUUUGUAUCAUUCUGAGUUGAUUGUGUGGUUUAUUCAUUCUGGAAACAUGUUGAUACUUACAGUCAGCCACUGCUUUUGAUAAGUGAUAUUGAUUAGGUUGAAUCUUCUUUUAAAUAGUAUUUACCAGUUAGCAAAGUCUGUGUUUUCAGAAUUACAGUGAGCACAGAGGUGUUCAUAAAAUGGGAAUUGAGUCCCACUCGGUAAGAGUUGCUUAAACUUGACACUGUCGACAUUUGGGCUGGAUAAAACCCCUGUGGUGGGGUCCGUGCUGUGCACUGCAUGAUGGUGAGCAGCGUCCCGGGACUGCACGCUGGAUGCUGUUUGCAUCCCUCUCCUGUGACACCCACAGUUAUGCCGGAUGUUGCCAGAUGCCCCUAGGGGACAGAGUCAACCCCCAACUGAGGACCACUGUCCUACAGAGUCAGGAAAUAUUGUAGGGAGAAAAAAAUAACAACAACAAAGGCCUGUGUUAAUGUUAAAUAGACGAGAUUAUGGAAUGUGUAUAUUAAUGUUAAAAAUUGUACCUUGAUCAAUGUACUUUUUAUAAACUUGCCAUAGAUAUCUCAGAUUUGAAACCUCAAGACAGAUGUAUUAUUCUUAAAUGCUGUAUGAUAAUGAAGAAAAAUAAAAAUUUAUUUCUUGCAAAGUUAAA